UACCAAAGAGCACACAAAAACUGAGACCAAAACAAAAAUCAGAAAAAAAAAACAUAAACAAAAUUAAUCAAAUCAAAAAUUCGCCCGCUGAGCAGAAAAGAGCGAACCGAAAGCUUUGCAAAGCUCACUUAAUAUGCAUUAAUCAAGAAAGUUGGAAGAAUCUAUACAGUCUGCAAUAUGUUGUCAAAGCAGUGGAACGCAAAAAGGCAGAUCUAUCAGCUAUAUAGGGGAUUGGCACAGCAAACCUCUAAAGUUAGCUUAGAGGAGGCCAAACCCUAUGCUGAUAUUCCGGGACCAACAAAAUUGCAAUUGAUACGAGCUUUUCUACCGUGCGGUCGCUAUAGAAAUUUGCCGGUUCAUGAAAUGUUUCUCGAUAUGAAUCGGCAAUACGGCAGUAUCUUUCGAAUGCCUAAUGUGGCUGGCACUGAUAUGGUGCUCACCAUGAAUCCUCAGGACUAUGAAGUAGUUUUCCGUAAUGAGGGUCAGUUUCCCUAUAGAAGAAGCUUCGAGGUAAUGGAUUACUUUAAAAGGGUUCAUAGGAGAGAGGUGUUUGAUGGCUAUGAUGGCUUGACUUCCGGAAAUGGUCCUGCCUGGGGCAAGAUGCGAACUGCUGUUAACCCCAUACUCUUACAACCUCGUAAUGCCAAACUUUAUAUGAAGAACUUGUUGCAAGUCAGCGAUGAGUUUCUAGAACGCAUUCGUAAAAUUCGUAACCCUGAAACCCAAGAAAUGCCCGAGGACUUUGCCGUGGACAUUCGUCAUUUGGUGAUAGAAUCAAUUUGUUCCGUGGCCUUGAACACACAUCUUGGCUUAUUGGGUGAGCAGCGUGAUAAUAAGGAAAUUCAAAAGUUAGUCCUGGCUCUGCAAGAUGUAGUUGAGUUGGGCUUCCAGCUGGACAUGAUGCCGGCCUUUUGGAAAUAUUUGCCAAUGCCAAAUUUCAAGAAACUAAUGCGAUCGUUGGAUACCAUUACGGAUUUUUGUCAUUUUCACAUUGGGAAUGCUCUAAAGAGGAUUGAGGAAGAUACCAAAGCUGGAAAGCUCACAGAGAUUGGCUUAGAAACAAGCCUGCUGGAGAAAUUGGCCAAAUUCGAUCGUCAAACAGCUGUGAUUAUAGCCAUGGAUUUGCUGUUUGCUGGAGCAGAUCCGACUCUUGUAUCCUUGGGUGGAAUCCUGCUCAGCCUGUCCAAAAGUCCUGACAAACAGGCACGACUUCUGGAGGAGCUCCAAGGAAUACUGCCCAACAAGGACUCACCGUUGACUAUGGAAAACAUGAAGAAUAUGCCAUAUUUAAGGGCCUGCAUUAAGGAGGGCAUACGUAUGUAUCCUAUAGGUCCCGGAACGCUACGUCGAAUGCCCCAUGAUGUCGUGCUCAGUGGCUAUAGAGUUGUGGCCGGAACUGAUGUGGGCAAUGCUGCCAACUUUCAGAUGGCUAACAUGGAAGAAUUUGUGCCAAAGGUACGAGAAUUCAUCCCAGAGAGAUGGCUGCGCGAUGAAUCUAACUCGAACUCUCACUUGGUGGGCGAUACAGCCACGCCUUUUAUGUAUUUGCCAUUUGGUUUUGGGCCAAGAUCAUGUGCUGGCAAGAGGAUAGUGGAUAUGAUGCUGGAGAUAGCCAUUGCCAGGUUAGUAAGGAACUUCCAGAUUGGCUUCGACUAUCCCAUCGAGAAUGCCUUCAAGGCGAAGUUCUUUGUUCAGCCAAAUAUUCCUUUUAAGUUCAAGUUUGUAGAGCGAAGCUGUUAACUUUGUUGAUACUUAAAUAUGCUACAUAAAAAUAUAUCAAAAAUGAUGAUUU